AUGGACGCGGAAUAUGGCCAAAUCAACUAUGCAGACAUGGAACCCGAAUACGAUAUGGAAUUCGCCCGAUAUGGUCCGAAUCCAAUGGAGCUCCCCAUGUCUCCCCCUUCAACUCCACCACUCGAUGCUGGAGAUGCAGAAUUCAGAAGAGAAUUAUCCCCAUUUUCUGAGGCAUCCUCAAUGACCAGUGUGACCAGCACCGAUUCCGUCGGCUAUUAUCGUGAAGAAGGAGGAAGAAUGUUUCCAAACCUGCCGGACGCUCCCACCGUGCUACCGGUUGAUUCUGCAGAAAUGCGGCGUCUGUCAGGUCAAUACAACCUCGUGAAGCUUGUCGUGGGCGACAAUCAUUUCGAAGAGAUCCACGAGCUUCUAAAUCCCCCAUAUGAAGCGAGUAUUCGCGUUCUGGACGUCAUCAGCAAUUCUCCUUGGAUUGACGAAAUGGCAAAGGAGUACCCACACGUCAAAUUCACUGGGUGCAACCUUGUCCCAACAAGGCACCCUCAUAGCCCGAAUAUCCAACUUGAGGUCUAUAACCUUCACGAUGGAUUCCACGGCAGAGACGAGUCUUACGACAUGAUACAUAUGUUUGGGACAUUUAAAUUUAGCCGCGAUUUCAAAGGCUGGCUCCGGGAAAUGCGACGGUUGCUCAAACCAGGAGGGAUACUGAUAAUAAUUGAUAUGGAAAUGGCAGUCUGGCUCCGAGACGGCUCCGAUCCUUACAAUGUUAUCCCUUCUAUAUGGGAAUACACUGCCCGUAUGUGCGAGGGUCUCUACGCUCAAGGCAUUGACUUGAGGGAUAUGAACAUGACUGGUACUUGGCUACGCGAGAUGGGCGGCUUUUCCCAGGUAGAAGACACAGUGACAAGCUGCCCUGUUGGAGACUGGGAAGAGGACGAACUUCAAAAGGAGAUCGGCACAAUGGCGCGGGAAAACAUCAUGUCUGCACUGAUUGCCACUCACCCGCUCUGGUACCGCGCGGGAAAGACGCAGGAGGAGAUCGAUCAAUUUAUCACCGCUGCUCGCGCGGAGCUCUAUGAAUCAAACGCGGAGUUGUUUGAACGUCUAUUUUAUACAUUCGCUCGGAAGGAAGAGAUGCCUUUUGAGGAUGAAAUUUAA